AUGCCAGAAACACCAAAGGCUGCCCUUGCUAGUUUUGUCAUUUAUGCAGCAAUUUUGUACAAGGUCAACAGUUCAUUAUGGAAAUUUAUAUUCAUUGGAUAUGCCGUUUUUCGGUUAAUGCAGACUGAUUUUGCAAAAAGGGCGAUGAAAACAUUGUCGAGAGAUUUAACGUAAGUUAGGCUAACUUGGGAAGGUUUUAUAUGUAAAGAGAAUCUAGUUUUUAUCCAGAAAUUCGAUUUAUUUAAGCAAACAUUUUUGAAAAUCAGAAAAUGUUAAUUCAAUGUGUCCUUUACAUCUUUAUUUUUUCAAAAUCCAAUAAAAAAAGGAAAUAACUCUGAAACCCAAAAAAUUAAAAAUGUCAUAGUUCUGCAAUGAAACUCAUUUUUGUUUUAAAAAUAAGUUGUCGCAUUAAAUUCUACAUCGAAAUCCAGAACCUCUGAAAAACAAAAAAAAGUCAUCUAGCACGAGUGGGGUUCGAACCCACGCGGAUUUCGCAUCCAUUGGAACUUAAGUCCAACGCCUUAACCACUCGGCCAUCGUGCUGACGGAAAACAGCUGCACACAAAACAUAGACCUAACAGCAACCAGACGAACAGACACUCAUGAGCGUUUAUAUGUGCGUGUGUGUGUGUGUGUUCUUUUUUUAAAACACAAAAAGGGAAGAUGUUUGUUUUUUCAGAGGUCUCUUUCUACUUGUCCGUGUUAAGAGAGAAAUUAACAAGAGACUUGUCGCAAAUCGCCCGAUCCAUGAAAUCUUCCUCGAAAAGGUUAGUGAUUUUAAAAAUUCAUUGAAAAAAAAAAGUUAUUUUCAGGUUGCCCAAAACCCUAAUAAAGUAGCAUGUUUGGAAGUUGAAACUGGUAGAGAAAUCACAUAUCGGGAGUUGAAUACUUUGAUGAAUAAAUAUGCCAAUUUAUAUAAAUCAGAAGGAUAUAGAGUUGGAGAUGUUGUUGCGUUGUUUAUGGAAAAUAGUAUUGAUUUCUUUGCAAUCUGGCUUGGUUUUUCAAAAAUUGGAGUGGUUUCUGCGUUUAUCAAUUCAAAUUUGAAAUUGGAACCUCUUGCACAUUCAAUCAAUGUCUCCAAAUGCAAAUCAGUUAUCACAACUCCAUCAUUGCUUCCGAGUAAGUAGGGAACAGGCUAGGAUUUGAUAACGAUAAUAGAUUCAAAAUUGAAAUCUGAAAUUUAAAAAUUCAUACAACUCCUGGUUCAACCUACAAAUAUUCUGUACAUAAACUAAUUGUUUAAUUGGUUUGCAAAACAUUUUCCAUCCAGUUUCGUUUCAUUUCAAAAAAUUUAAUUGAUUUCUGUAUCACAAGCUAUUCAAACUACAUACAAAUAUUCCGUACAAAGACUAAUUGUUCAAUUUGGCAAAACGGAAAGUAAUUAACAAUAAUUUUUUGUCCGUCCAGUUCUGGUUAAUCUCAAUAAUUUUUUUCAAAAAAUGUGAAUUCAAGAAUCAAUCGUUGAAUAAAAAUUCAAAAAUCUAUCAUUUUUCAGCUUACAACGCCGCCGUUGAAAAAAACUUGAUCUCGUCCGAUUUAGAAGUUGUAAUCGCUAGUGAAACUUCAGUGCAAGGAUUGAGAAAUAUCAAUGCGGAACUUCAACACACAUCGGAUGCCGAACCACAUGUUGAUGGAAUCAACUUCCAAAGUAAGUCCCUAGAUGUUUCUCCAAAUAAAAAACAAAUGUCUUCAGGCGUCCUCUGCUACAUUUACACUUCUGGAACAACCGGAAAUCCAAAGCCAGCGGUCAUCAAACACUUCCGUUAUUAUUGGAUGUCGAUGGGAUCUGGAUCAGCUUUUGGAAUCACAUCUAAUGAUAUUGUUUAUAUCACAAUGCCAAUGUAUCAUUCAGCCGCUGGAAUUUUAGGAGUCGGAUCGUUGAUUAGCUUUGGAACUUCAGUUGUUAUCAGAAAAAAAUUCUCUGCUUCAAAUUUCUGGAAAGAUUGUGUCAAAUACAAUUGCACUUGCAGUCAAUAUAUUGGAGAAAUUUGCAGGUAUCGUAGAAAAACUUUACACUACUGGAAUUUUUUAGUUUUUCCUAGUGUUAUCAUUAGGCUGAGAAAAACACGCUGAACUGAUAAAUACACAAAACGUUUUCUGAAAACAAAAAACAUUGAAAGAGAGAGAGAAAGAGAUACGGAGAAAUUCAACUGUAAAUAAUAUGGGUGGUCUCUGCGGUUUUAGCUUCAUUGGAUUUUGUAGAUCAAAAAAUAAUAAGGGACUUAUUUUUAAGAAUGUGAUUCAUAUUUUUGUAAGUCUGUGUAUUUCUAUACCAAAAAAAAACAAAACUCAAAAAUCUGAGUCUAGAACUUUCUUCCCCAAUCCAAUAUUUUUCAGAUAUUUGCUGGCUCAAAAACAAACUCCAGAAGAAAAACAACACAAAGUUCGAAUGAUGUGGGGAAAUGGUUUGCGUGCUGAAAUCUGGACCGAUUUUGUCAAUCGAUUCAACAUUGAGAAAAUUGGAGAACUCUACGGGUCAACUGAAGGAAACUCAAAUAUUGGUAGGCUUUUUUUCUCAAGUUUUUGCUUUCAAAAACCCAUGUAACAAUUUUCAGUCAACCUCGAUAACAAAAAAGGUGCUUGCGGAUUUAUGCCAAUUUACCCAAUGAUUGGAAGUUUGUAUCCAGUUCGAUUGAUCAAAGUUGAUGAAGAGACUGGAGAAUUAGUUAGAGAUAAGGUAACUGAAAAAACAGAAAGUCUGAAAAUAAUAUUGAUUAUUUUUCAGAAGGGAUUAUGUGUUCCAUGUCGCCCUGGAGAGCUUGGUGAGAUGGUUGGAGUUAUCAAGAAGAAGGAUGCUCUUUUGAAAUUUGAAGGAUAUGUGAAUUCGGGAGAUACGCAGAAGAAAAUUUAUACCAAUGUUUUCAAAAAUGGAGAUGAGGUAACUUAUUAAAGGGGCGUUGAAAGAUAGAAAAACAAGAUUCCCACAAUUUUUCAAAUGAUAAUAAAAUUCCCACCCCAUUUUCACAAUUUUCCAGUGUUUCGCAUCUGGUGACAUUCUAUUCUGGGACGAACUUGGUUAUUUAUACUUCAAAGAUCGCCGCGGAGACACUUUCCGUUGGAAGGGAGAGAAUGUAUCAACAACUGAAGUCGAAGGAAUUUUACAACCUGUGAUGGAAGUUGAAGAUGCCACGGUUUAUGGUGUUGAAGUUGGUAAAAAUGAAGGUAGAGCUGGAAUGGCUGGAGUUGUUUUGAAAGAAGGAACCGAUGUUGAUGUAAGUUUUUUUUACUUAUUGCAAAAAAAACAAUUCUGUAAUUAAUGAAUGAAUGAUAAUUUUUCAGCUUUUCUUAACUGAAAUCACCAAACGAUUAACCGAAAAUCUUGCCAGUUAUGCAGUCCCAGUGUUUAUUCGACUUUGCAAAGAAGUUGAUCGAACUGGAACAUUCAAACUCAAAAAAUUAGAUCUCCAAAAAGCCGGGUUCGAUCUUGUGAAAUGUAAGGGUGAUAGAGUUUUCUAUUGGUCAGCUCCUGAUAAGAAAUACAAAGAACUCGACGAAAAUAUGCAAAAAGAUAUCGAAACUGGUGUCUACAAUCGCAUUUGA